ACCAUCAAACUCUACGAGGGAUCUAUUUUUGAAAAGCGCGCCAUAUAGUGUGAGCGUUCGCUAAAGAGAUCAGCAACAGCCUAGUCAACUUUGGUCAACUUACGAGGCUUCCUUUUAAAGUUAAUAGAGGUCGAUUUUUUUUUAGCGGCACCGUCCGCCAUUAUUGGUGUUUGCACGGCGUUCAACGACGUUUUCUUUCGUUUAUUGACGACGAAACCGCACCUAUAACACGAAAAUUUGUAUCAUACUAUGAUGGCACGCAGCCGUAAGGACAGUACUGGUAAAAGCGAUUCCGAAGCAACGGACAAAGAAAAUAAAAGGGAGAAAGGUAGAGAAGUAGUCAGGAAGAAGCGCGCUGCUUCAUCGUCGAGCAGUGGGAGUAGUUCAUCGGAUAGCAGCUCAGGUUCAUCGUCUACAAGUAGUGGAAGUAGUUCCAGAUCGAGUUCUACUUCAAGUACAAGCUCUAGCAGUUCAGGAAGUUCUUCUGGAAGUUCUAGAGACAGAGGAAGAAAGCGAAGUCGCAGUAAAAGUGUUGAUGCUUCGCGCAGACACGAUAAUAAGGAGAAGGAAAGAGAAAAAGAAAGGGAAAGAGAAAGAGAUAGGGACAGGGAUAGGGAUAGAGACAGAGAAAAGGAUAAAAAGAAAAGUAGCAAUUCUGUGAUUGAUAAACCUAAACCAAAAGGACGCUCUAGAUCACCUUCGCCGCGUAGGAAACGCAGGGAAAGAUCACCAAUUCCUAGACCAACAAAAAUACAUAUUGGACAUUUGACGCGCAAUGUCACUAAAGAACACAUUAUGGAAAUAUUUUCCACGUAUGGUCAAAUAAAAAUGGUCGAUUUUGCAAUGGAUAAGCUUCAUCCUAAUCAAGGACGAGGCUUUGCUUACGUGGAGUUCGAAACAGCAGACGAGGCUGAAAAUGCAAUGAAACACAUGGAUGGUGGACAAAUAGAUGGUCAAGAGAUUACUGCUGCCCCAGUAUUAUUACCAAAACCACGGCCGCUACCGAUGCGAAGGAUGUCACCUCCAAUGGGAAGAAGACCACCACGAUGGGGUGGUGGCGGUAGAAAUACUCCUCCACGUUAUCGCAGACGUUCACCUCCCAUUAAUCGCCGUAGAAGCCCACGGCCACCGAGACGUAGACCAAGAACUCGAUCGCGAAGUCCCCCAAAUAAUCCACGGCAUCGACACCGUCGUUACACAAGAUCAAGCUCGAGCAGCUCACGAUAGCAAUUUUCUUUGUACAUAUAAGAUAAGAACUGAAUUUGAUCAAACACAGUUUAUCCUGGUUGGUCGUCUUAAUAUAUUAAGCAAAGCAGUUUUUACCGAUUCGUUCAAAAAUAUUGACAGGGAAGUGUACGCACUCAAAACAUUUCACGACGGUAUUACGGUAAUUUACAUUUCUUAAUGAUGAUAAUGAUUGAAAUGCCGUUCGUGAUUCGCAAAUUGUUUUUCAAAUAUAUAUCAAUUUCACACGUGACAUA